CACAUGGUGCAGAAUCUUUCCACCCCUACACUCCAAAAACCCAAUCAGACAAGUGGCCGUAAUCUGACUCCUAGCACACUGAGAGCUGCGGGGCAGGCAAUGAGAGCUGCACUCUGGCCAGGGAAGGCAUGAGUGACAGACCCGCAGCAAGGCGGUGGGGUAAGUGUGGACCUCUGUGUAGAAGAGAGAGCAUCAUGGUGGCUUUCAAGGGGGUGUGGACUCAAGCUUUCUGGAAAGCAGUCACAGCGGAAUUUCUGGCCAUGCUGAUUUUUGUCCUGCUCAGCCUGGGCUCCACCAUCAACUGGGGUGGAGCCGAGAAGCCCUUACCUGUGGACAUGGUUCUCAUCUCCCUUUGCUUUGGACUCAGCAUUGCCACCAUGGUGCAGUGCUUUGGCCAUAUCAGCGGUGGCCACAUCAACCCUGCUGUGACCGUGGCCAUGGUGUGCACCAGGAAGAUCAGUAUCGCCAAGUCCGUCUUCUACAUCGCAGCCCAGUGCCUGGGGGCCAUCAUUGGAGCGGGGAUUCUCUACCUGGUCACACCUCCCAGUGUGGUGGGAGGCCUGGGAGUCACCACGGUUCAUGGAAAUCUUACUGCUGGUCACGGUCUCCUGGUGGAGUUGAUAAUCACAUUUCAGUUGGUGUUUACUAUUUUUGCCAGCUGUGAUUCCAAACGGACUGAUGUCACUGGUUCAAUAGCUUUAGCAAUUGGAUUUUCUGUUGCAAUUGGACACUUAUUUGCAAUCAAUUACACUGGUGCCAGUAUGAAUCCAGCCCGAUCCUUUGGACCUGCAGUUAUCAUGGGAAAUUGGGAAAACCACUGGAUAUACUGGGUUGGACCAAUAAUAGGAGCUGUCCUCGCUGGUGGUCUUUAUGAAUAUGUCUUCUGUCCAGAUGUUGAACUCAAACGUCGUUUUAAGGAAGCCUUCAGCAAAGCUGCCCAGCAAACAAAAGGAAGCUAUAUGGAAGUGGAGGACAACAGGAGUCAGGUGGAGACCGAGGACUUGAUUCUGAAACCUGGAGUGGUACAUGUGAUUGACAUUGACCGGGGAGAGGAGAAGAAAGGGAAAGACCCAUCUGGAGAGGUAUUGUCUUCAGUAUGACUAGAAGAUAGCACUGAAAGCAGAAGAGAACCCUUAGAACGGUCCUCAGAUUUCCUUMCACCCAUUAAGGAGACAGAUUUGUUAUAAAUUAGACAUGUGCAGAUUUGUUAUUUCAUGUCAUAUUACUCAGUCUAAACAAUAAAUAUUUCGUUAUUUACCAAGGAGGAAAGGAAGAAAUCUAUUGUGAAUUUCAAAAAAAAGACGACUUUUUGGAACUAUAUAUCUAGCUUACCUAGGUAUAGAGUUUUUUGAACUUUCAUUAAUAACCUAUUUAAAAUGUAUAUCAAGAUUGGGCUAAGUCUUGCCUUACAAAAUAUAUAGACACACCUAUCAAAUUAUUUCUCCUUUACCAGAACUUGAUAUUGACAAUUCUCACUUGAAUUUAUUCCAUUAAAUUGAGUUGAAUAAUGACAAAAUGUAGAAUGUCACAGGGUCAUGCACACUUGAGAUAAAAUACAUCAAGUUGUUUUUUUUUUAUGGGCAAUCUCUUAUUUAUAAACUACCUCAGCAAAAGGAUAUUAACAAGGAUCAUUGUUAAUUGUUUCCAUUCAUAUUGCAAAUACUGACUUUCAAACCCAACUCCAAUUUAUUAUAAUCCUUCCUCUUCCUCAGUAUCCAAGGUAAUGUGGAACUAAAGUCCAGAAAUUGGAAAAGAAAAAUAUUCUGAAAUCCUGCAUAUUUAUUAGUUUCAUCUAAUAAAACAUCCCAACCAUAAGAGACACCUAUUUGGAUUCAGAACAAGCAUAUUUAUGAAAUCUUAAUGGGGGUGGGGAAAAGUUAUCAUCAUGCAAAAAUCACAAGGCAAAAGGAAAUCUGUAUUCUGGUAUCAAAUGGUUGAUCUGUUUUCAGUGCACAUCCUCAAAUGCACCACACAAGGUUAACAAUCUAAACUUUUAACCACUAAACCACUUUGCUUUUUUUUUUUUUUAGUUUAUUGGUAAAACUGGGGGUUUUGUUUGUAAUUUUGAUUAUCUCUAUGUAAACAUUAGCAGAGACAAAGUUUUGACAACAAGAACUUAACUAGUUGGUAUUUUUUUGGUUAUGAGUCCUGAGUCCUGCUCACUCUAGAAAAUGUGGAUUUGUUCCGCCCAGGCCCAACUCUGCUGCUCCCUCACUUCUUGUGACAUUUCUUCAUAAUCUUUACUGCAAGUGCAAUGAUAUUUGAGUGAAUUAAAAUGUAUGACAGACAAGGCAGGACAUGGCGGCAGCAUAGGAAGGUGACAACAUCUAAACAGUUAGUUUUCAAAGCUAUUUGACAAACCUCUCAUUUGUAGAGAUAUUGUACCUAAGAUGUCACUAAUAUAUUUUUAUUACUGACCAGUUUACUUGUUAAAAAUAAUUUGUUUUUCCUGCACUUCUUUGCUUUUUGUUCAUAGAAUGUUCUCUGAAAACCCCAGUUCCUAUCCUCUUAACUGUCUAGUCUAGACUUCAUCUUCGACAAAGAGCAGCAAAUGUCAAUUUCACUGAACAAAAGCUAGUAGUAGAAAAGCAAAGACCCAUCACUGCGAGGAAUGGCUUGUAAAUAGCUCCUAACCAAGGGCUUUCUUCUCCCAAGAUAGUUCCAACCAUGGGUGUCUCCUUUUAGUGUUAAUGGCAGUUGUGUGUCUGUGGCUGCGAGAUAAUGGACCACUAUUAAACCUGAUUCUCUUUGGUGCUAAGAAAGAGUGAUGCUCAAGAUUCCCCCCAGCGUCCCCAAGCCAGUGUGAUGCCUGCAAGUGCCCCUGGCAUAUUUCACAGCAGGUGCCUAUAGCACAGGUCCUUUCCUCAGGGGCACAGGGCAGGGCCACACCACACACUAUGCCAGGGACAGGGUGGCAACAUAGAAACCAGGGUGCAAAUCUCCCAAAGGUGGCUUAUGCCCAUUAUUUCAAAUGUUUGCACAAUUUACCACUAAAGAUUUAAGAUCAGGGUGGUUCAAAAGGUAAUACCAACCAUCAGCAAACAUGUCAGUUCAAAAAUAAAUUUAGUUAACAAGGAAUAAACAGAUUUCUGAAUACGCUUACAAAAUACUGGUUUAUUAUCAUUUUUAUUCUGCCAUAUGGCUUACUACAUGUGCACUUACUUUUACACUCACUUCCAAUUUGGGCAUUCAAUAAGUUAGGGAUUUAAAUAGAAGAGUGAAUGAUGUUUUUGUAAUUUGUUUCCUAGMAGCUAGCAGAGCACCACACACAUAGUAGGUACUCAAAACAUGUGU